GCAACAGCAUCUUCCCCAAUAAGGGUACUGGUAGCAGGAUGGGAGCUGAAGCAGUCCGUGUGAUCGAGCAGGCGACCUCUAAAAAGCUUCAAGAUCUCCGGAAACGCGUUCAGAAAGCUCCACCAGAAGAGCUAGGCUCACCCUCGCUUCUAGGUGAAGCCUUAGACUUCGCGACGCAAAGGUAUCCAGAAGAUGAGAUUCUCGAAGUUCUGGCCUUUCUUUUGGUCCUGUUCCGAAGACUCAAAGCCGCUUUACCGGUGCUUCCGCAAGCAGGGCAUGACCUUGUCCAUGUCAAACUUGGUCCAGCUGUGCUUCCAGGCGGUACAUUGGCGCACCUCUUGCUUGACGGAAUGGAGACGAGCCAAAAGCCUCGACAUAUUCGAUCUGUGGAUACCUUUGGAGCUCUCGCCAGAAUGACUGAAGAUCUGGAGGCUCCUUCCACAGGCGGAUCAUCUUACAAUGGACUUUUGACUCCGUUGUUCGUACAUCUGUGCGGCACAGAGCUAUCGACCAAGCACAGCCUGAUAGCGAUCAACACGCUGUUGCCGUUUGUACCUAGAAGCAUCGAUCGAUCCCAGCUCCUCGUCAAAAUCCGCUCACAAAUGGAUCUCGUAGAAGGAGCCAGCGGGCGAGGUGCCAUCUUCAGUAAAUUACUGGUAGAGAUGUUCGCAGCGACCGCAGGCGAUGAUAAGCGAAAAGAAACGAUUGUGGUGGACGAGAUAGUCCCAAUGUUCAAAAUGAACACGCCGCCAACGACCCUGACACACGCUGUACGAUACUUUCUCCCUUCACUCUUUACUGCGCUUCCUUCCAUUCCCCUUCGGAUCCUGUCAGAGGUUGAGCCUGCACAUCCCAGUGCCAAUCCGUCUGAACGGUCCGACGCCACACAGGUCGGAGAACAUGGUCACGAACGCUCGAACCUUUCUGCCUGGAUCGCUAUCGCAUCUCUGUGUGUGGCUACCAACCAGGUCUCCCUGCUAGAUCUCCCCUCAGAAGUCCUCGACUCGGCUAUGGUUCAUGCCGACCCUACCGUCCAAAUCGACACCCUGCGCCUCCUGUUAUCGUCCAAAGAUCGUCUCAAGACCCCAGUGAUGGGCCUUUACCAACGAUCCAUCUCAGCCUGUGCCAUUUUACAAGACGCAUACGCGAGAUCCGAGUUCACUGCUACGAUCGUUCAGCUGUUCAAAUCCUUUGAGACUGUCAGACGGCUCAAACGACCAGCGGAGGAGGAUCUAUCAGCUAUACGAGGCUUCAUCACUUGGCUCCUUGAGGUGAUCAUUGACCCAGGAUUGGAAUCUGCACUCCGAUUCCCUAUCGUCAGAACGAUCAUCGCAUUAAACAUCCUUGGAGCGCUGACGGUCGAACUUGGCUCCGACAACAAGCUGCACGAGCAGAUCUUCACGCGCCGACGUGUAGAUAGCCUACUCGCAUGUCAAAAGAGCAACUUUGCCGAAGUCCGUUCCAAAGCCAGAUCACUUCUGGCAUGUGCUCAGAUACCCUUACCGGGCUAUGAAUCGCCGGACCAUCUUGGGAUGAAGACGACACUGGAGUCAGCGAUUCUCAAUAUCAGUCAUCCACGGAAGACCCAAGUCGAGGCGGGCAAAGCUGUCAUGUGCAUUCUCUUCGAAAUGAUGACGAAACGAGCAUCCCUUGAGUACUGCGUAGACUUUGUCCGAUCUCUCAUCAAGCUGCUGGAGAAGCGUGUGGAGGCGGCGGAAGAGGAUGUUGCUACCGGCAUCAUCGAGAAACCACUACACGGUAUAAUUUCUGCACUAUCCGGCGUCAUCGCUUGCGUUCAGCUCCAAUCUGACCACGAGGCUGACUGGAAGGAAGUCUUCCAUGAGAUUAUUCCGCUCGUUGACCGGAUCUGGGCCGUUGCUCGGGUUGUCGUAUCACUCAAGUCGAGCGGAACCAGUGAACGGCCCGAUCACGAGAUAGCACGGGUAUACGAGGUGCUGAAAGCCGGAGGAGAGGAAGACAAUGAUCCGUCUGAUUUUUCGAGUCUCCUAUCCGGUUGUUGGCGAGCAAUUACCGAAGCGGGUGACUUACUGGCUACCGUUUGCAGUCUGCCUUUGACACAAGGUGGUGAGAAGCAAAUCAUAUGGUCUCGGGACGACAUUGAGUCAGCUGGAAAACGACUUCUUUCCUGGCUGCAUGAGGUUCGACACCGCGGCACCUUCUCAAAAAUUGCCAGUUCUCUCGCUCGCCUCGUCGACAGUGUCUACCGUAUCGCAUCACUCAGGCCUCUUGUUUAUUCAUGGCUUGACCUAGAAUUGGAGACCAUCACUAGCAGCACAUUUUCAACGACUCGCAGAUCGGCUGCUCUGCCAUAUUCUAUCCUCUCUAUCGUGGUCGCCGACUAUGACCUGCUCAAGAUUGCUGUUGAUCGCCUGCUCGCCGUUGCUGCUGUCAGGAACGACGCUUCUGACGAUGCCACGAAGAUUCACGCGUUCAACAUCCUGAAAAUCAUCUUGCUUGAUUCACGUACUUCGCAAUACUUGGAUAGAUCUUUCGAACGCGCCAUUCUAGUCGCUCUGGCCGCCUUCGAGUCUGUAAACUGGAACGUUCGCAAUGUCGGGCUGAUUCUUUUUUCCUCCUUGAUUCAUCGAUCCCUCCUGACGUCCGACAGCGCUCAAGAUUAUUUUCAAUCGCGACAAACGUUAGCCAAGCGUCAGACGCUGGCCUCUUGGCACGCGCGUUAUCCUUCCGUUCUUCCUGCAUUGCGUGUCGAACUUCGCAAGGCAGCUUUGCGCGUCGAUUUAGCUGGUCAUUCUUCCCUCUUCCCGAUCCUUAUCAUUAUCCGAAGUCUUCGAUGGUCAGCUGUCGACGAGGAGAUCUCCGAGGCUUUGAGACUGGAAGUGCUACCUUUCCUUUGUAGCAAGGAGUGGCAGAUUCGCCAGGUCGCUGCUCAAGCUCUGUCAAGCUUGCAAUCGCCUCUCAGUACGCUCGAUAGUCUUGCUAUCUGCUCCAAGACUUUUGCGGCUCUGAAGUCGAAUAACGCUCGACACGGCCACAUUCUUUAUUGGAUUCGGCUUAUCAGCGAUGUCAUCGACUUUGAGACUUUGGACGAUGACAUGAGAGUCACGAUUGAUCAACAAAUCGAAGCGAUCCUAAAUGGUCUGGACCAUCGGCUCACCCCUCCGUCCGUUAUGGCUGCCAGCAUCCAGUUGGCAAAAGCCUUCAGCCAUGCAUGCACCCAAACGAGUAUGGAGGGGAAAGUUGUGGCAUUGUGUCAUGACAUUCUGCGGCAUACAUCAUCGCUACCAGGUGCCGAUACGCUCUUGAAUGAAGCGGCAAAGGCGGUCAUUGCUGGAGGACAAAGGACAGAGGUAUUGCUGAAGUCCAGAAUCCCUCAGCAUGCCAUCAUGAUCUGUCUUGAAAAGCUGGAGGUGGACCCUGUGGACAAGCAACGUGAGGCAAUCGUCUUUAACAAGCUCGCCGAUAUCGUACUAUCGCGCGCGUCACCUCCAACAGUCUUGGAAGCUGCCUUGGGAGCUUUAGUCAGGCUCAAUCUACCUGAGAAUGGCAUCGGGUGUGAACGUUUGAACGCCAUAUCUAAGAGACUGCGAGGUAUCAUGCUGGAAGGUCACAACGUACCAUUGCGUGAGGCAUCUUUGAUUGCUUUGGGAUGGGUCUCGAAAACAAUGCUGAGGAGAGACAGUGGUCAUUUGAGCGACAGCCAAUGUCUCAGCGAGAUGAUACUUGCGGCCGACAAGUUCUCUCGUAUCGACAAGUCAAAGCCGUCUAGGACUUCCGCAGCUCUUGCCAUACAACAUUUGCAUAGGCACCUUUUCCCCUCCUCUAGCUCGCAGUCACAUGUUUCAUCCUCGAUCCUGCUCACCUUUCAUCGUGUACUCGUGCGACUUCUCCAAGAUGACGAUUACGAGAUCCGUUCAAUGACCCAAGGUAUCAUCUGCAAUGGUCUAAACUUGACUACCCCCGUCUGUUUGACUCGAGCCAUCUCGGUGGAAUGGGCAUGGAUCGCCGAGGUGGUCGCUGGGGAUCCGGAGGUCUUUUUGCCGUUCAUCUGGGACCACAGUAUCGACAUCGAAGGAUUCAGACAUGACUUGUCCAUGAUCCAGGCAGACUCGUAUCAGACAAAUGUCCUGUUCGAAGUGGAAUCGCCGAAUCAGUUUCGAGAUCCAUUGAUCGACUCGGAUCACGCUACCAGAGUACUCGUUGACAUUUCUGUACGCGAGCCAUCGCUCCUCUCAGAUAAAAUUACACAAUCAAACACCGCGGUGCUGUUGAGUCUUCACGUCGAAGCAAAGAAAGCGUUGGGAGAACUUGAGGCUGAAGGAGGCGGUAGUCCUAUUGGUGAAGCCUUCGAGGCCGGUCGGAUGCUUCGACGGAGGCUACAAAUACAUUCGGGUCUAGUCAAACGUCUGGCAGCGUAGUGAGGUGUCACCAGGGUCUUACGGUGCAUCCUACUUGCGACAUCAUGCUCAGAAAACGCUCCUAUCUGCAUCCCUUCAAACUCGUCAUAAGAGCAAUGUUUCCCCAGUCCCUCCCUCUUCAGAAGCAAUAUUCAUA